AUGCCCUGGCAACCACUGCCCCGAAUUGCUUUCGCCGUAGCUACAUACCCCUUCACUGCCUCCAGCGCAGCAGACCUCCCCCUCGAGAUCGGCGACGAGCUAUACAUUAUCGAAGAAACACCAGAUGGGAACUGGUUGAGAGGCUACUUGGUCGCCCCUCCAAGUCUGCUUGCCGGCCUGACCAGCGUCAAGGGCCAGACAUUAGAGGCUCGCGUCUUCAGCGGCAUCUUCCCCCGCAGCUGUGUCGAGGUACGAGAAGUGCUGGGCGAGAGUGACGAGACUGACGACAGCGAGCCCGACAAUGGAGAUCCAAACGAAGACAAGAGGAAGAUAAGGACCAAGAGGGUGAAAAAGGAAGGCCGAUUGUCCGUCCCCGUACAGCGCGAUCCUAAUGCGCCUCGACCACCCGCUCCCGUGCCCAUGCUCAAGAUUGGCGACGAGACACCCACUUCGGCUGCCGAACCCCUCAUUGAUGAGAUCGCAUCCUGUCUCCGCGAAUGGCACUCAACAAACCUCCACGGGCUUCUCCUCUCCCGACAGUACGAAAAGCUCGACACUCUCUCCAAGCUGAUCACGAGCCUCAACCUCUCCCGACAGCAGUUUCUAUAUAAUGUCCUCACUACUUGGGAAUACGAAAACCUGCGGGAAACGACGGUUUGGGAUCUGGUCCGAGUCAACAAGCUCUGUGGAGGAGAAGUCAUUGUGCGCGACCCAAGUGCCCGUGGCCGUGUCAUGACGGGCGAUGAUUCUGUCGUGGAAAUAACCCAACUGCAGUCCGUCAUGAGCCUGCUGGACGAGCCUCCAACGACCAUGCCCGAGUUGACGGCCUUGCACCAUUUGAUGGUGGACAUCAAAAUGUUUGCCGGCGCAUCCAACGAGUCAACAACCCUCGUUCUCUACCUUGCAACCAAGGCACCCGGAGGACCAGUGACGCCUCUAUCAGAGAGUUACAUAAUAGAUGUGCCAGCUGGCGGACAAUUAACCAACAUAGCGCGGACCUCACAGAUGCGCACGCUUUUCUCCGAUCUUUCGUCUGCCGACAUUGGUGAUGUACCGUCCUCCAAGUCCGAGUUGUUGUUGGUCGUCAAGAUUCGAGCACCUCAGCCGGUUGUAGCAGCUAAGCCGAAUUCCCGAUCAGGCGGACCCUCGAAUAGCUCGCCCCAGAUAGCACCCAAAGAGUCAAAACCACCCCUGGCGUCUGGGAACAAGGCCUUGCGUAGGAGCAUGGUUUGGGCCAACAAGAACACCCGGGGCGCUUUUACUAGGAAGAACUCGGACCUGGAGGCCUUGUCGGAGCAGGCGGAAGAGCAGCAGAUGAGCAACGAGGCGCUCGAGAGCAGGGAAGGAGCACCACCAAGCACGGCGAACUCGAGGGCAGGCCGUUCUUCAAUGGACGGCCAAUCUCCACCGACUACAGCCGACAGGACGGUCGGUUUUGGAGUACUCAAGCUGAACUCGAUCAUGAAGCAACAGGGCGAAGACGUCGAACAUGUGGUCAACAUCUGGGCGCCUUGCUCCAAGUUCCCGUCCGACAGACAUGGUGACAGUGAGGAAUGGGAUCCACUAAUAAAGGAGAUAUGCGAUAGCAGAUCAGGUCAUUACGAAAGAUCAAGGAGAGCAGAAAGGUUACAGAUACGACUUCGGCCCUUCAACAACCCGGACGCCGAUGCCCUCAUCAAGAUGACGCCUACGAUUUUGUCCGGGAUCUGCAAGACUAACAAGAUGGGCUUUUCUGGAGCGCCGACCAAGCCUCGAUCGGACAUCUAUGUCACCAUUGACGAGGCCACCUUGACCCGACAGACACUGCUAUCCCGGUACGGAGCCAGCGCGACAGCGCUCCCCAGCAGUAUCCACGGCACCAACUUCCAGAUCACCCUCGAGGUACGCCGGGCAAAUGGCGAACGCAUCGACUACUGCAUAUAUCCAUCCUCCAAAAAUGAAGGGCUGAGCGUAUGGAGAUCAACAGCCGUCGACCGUGGAGACCCGUGGAAGCAGAUCAUCAAGCUUGUCCUUGCUCCCCAGGAUGUCCACCAGUCACAUAUCGUUAUGUACCUCUCCGAUGCGCCAAAUCCUCCCUUUGCUGUGGCAUACCUGCCUCUAUGGGACCAACAAGCAUUCAUCCAUGAUGGGUCUCACAAUCUGUUGCUGUACAAAUUGGACGAAAACACGUCGAGCGCCCAAGCACCAGCAGGAGCUAAGGGGGGAUACCUGAGCUUGCCUUUCACAUCCAACUUCCGCGAUGAGCAUGCCGAGGUGACUGGUCCGCUGGCUGUGUUGCGCAUCGAUACAUAUCUGUGCAGCACGAGGUUCUCCCAGGACAAGAUCGUGCUGGGCCUGUUGAAGGGCAAGGACUUGCCCCAGGGAGAGGUGCCCGACAUCUUGAAGGCCUUCAUCUUCGUUCCUGAGAUCGAGGUUGUCAAGUUGUUGAACGAUGUUUUGGAUGCCCUCUUCGGCAUUCUUGUACAUUACACCGGCAACGACGAUCUUGAAGACCUCGUCUUCACUGCAUUGGUUAGAGUGCUGGACAUCGUCCAUGACAGGCGCUUCAACCUCGCUCCUCUUGUCGACCAGUACGCAGAAACUCGGUUCAAUUACCCAUUCGCCACGCCCUGUCUCGUCAGGUCUUUUACCAGGCUACUGUCAAAACCCACCGAGCCCGAGACAGCACGCAAGCUGCGCGCCACUUUCAAGGUCGUACGGCACAUCCUCAAGUUCAUUACCCAUGCCAGGGGCCAACAAAAGGAAAAGGAGGCUGGGAUAGGGAUCACGACCUCCAAUCCCGGCUUCACGCGCCACCUGCGCACCAUCUUCAAGGCCCUCGAUGCUUUGAUGCGCAACCAGGCACCUGUCUUGGUGGGUAGCCAAACACUCGCCGUCCAACAUUUCCACACGUGGCUGCCCGAGCUCACCGGCUUGUUGACAACCGAGGAGAUCCUCCACAUCGCCAUCGACUUCAUGGACUCUUGCUCUUCCGUCAAGGGCAAGCUCGUGCUGUACAAGCUGGUCCUCAUUAUCAAUUACUCCAAGCUCGACAUCUUCUCGCACCCAGAGCAGCGGUCCGCCCUAAGCGCUAAUACCGUGAGGUGGAUUGCGCCGCACUGGGGGCUUACCGACGAGGUGACGGAGCAAUGGAAGGAACAGGUGCGACUGUGCUGCUCGGUGCUUGCCAGCCAGGUUGAGCAUCUCGGCCCGGAAAUCCCCGAUUACAUACCCAAGAUUAUCCAGUCUUACCUCGCCAUCCAGGCUGCCGAGAAAACACUAAAGAACCGUCUAUCGCUCCUGUUUCCCACGUCAUACCCGUUCCCUGCCAAGCCAACUGCCGAAGAGGUAGUCUUUGACGAAGCCCUCAUUGAGCUCUCUGCCGUCAUGUCAGCACUGUCCAACUCCCCCAGCGGCAUGCAACUUGAGCUGGCCGAAGAUGAUCUCAACAUCGUCAUCGAGAACUGCCUUCGCGUACACAUGAGCAUCUUGCAGGGCGAGACCUUCCCUUCCAACUGGCUGAGCGUGCAUAUCUUCCAUCACAAGUCCACCAUGCGGAUACUGCAAUACCUUGCCACUUUGCUGCUCGAAUCUUUCCUCCCGCAUCCGGAUGAGGCCGAGAACUUUGAUACCGAGCUGUGGAAGAUGUUCUUCACUACGAUGCUUAAGCUAGUGGGCAGCCCCUCGCUGGCUCUGGAGACGUUCCCGGAGCAAAAGAGGAGAGCGGUCUGGAAGAUUGCGGGCGAUGUCAGAGAGCAUGGAGCUGACCUGCUGAGGAAGACAUGGGAGGCUAUUGGGUGGGAGACGAGCUUGGAGGAGCGGGCACGAUAUGGGCUGUCCAAGAUGGGCGGCUAUCAGGUGCAGUAUGUGCCUACGCUUGUUGGGCCCAUUGUUGAGCUUUGCCUGAGUGUGCAUGAGGGUCUCCGGAGGAUGGCUGUAGAGGUUCUGCAGACCAUGAUUGUCAGCGAGUGGACACUGAGCGAAGACUUGUCUGUUAUCCAGACGGAGAUCAUCGACUGUCUCGAUGGCUACUUUAAGGAAAAACCAUUGACAGAGAGCAUCCUCCAGAAGCUCUUUGUGAGCGAGCUGCUGGACCGCUUCGAACCUCUCUCCAAGAUCCCAGAUGAGCCAUUGUACACUGCCAUCCGCGAGCUGAUGGGCACAGUCGACGAGUUCCUCGAUUUGCUGGUUGCCGUACACAGCGGCGACGGCUCAGGCGAAGCCUCCAACCUCAUUCACCGCCUCCGGCUCAUGGAGUUCCUCCGCGACAUGCAAAAGGAAGAGAUCUUCAUCCGCUACGUCCACCAGCUCGCCAGCCUCCAAGCCUUGGCGCGGAACCACACCGAAGCUGGACUGGCUCUCCGCCUACACGCGGACCUCUACGACUGGGACCCUCUCAAAACCACCCCCGCCCUCGACGAUCCUUCCUUCCCAGUGCAAUCCCACUUUGAGCGCAAGGAGCGCAUCUACUUUGACAUGAUCAAGCACUUCGAAGACGGACAUGCCUGGUCCUGCGCUCUCGCCGCCUACAAAGAGCUCCAAGCCCAGUACGAGUCCAACAUCUUCGACUUCGCUAAGCUCGCCCGCACACAGAGGGCUAUCGCCACCGUGUACGAGACCAUCGCACACAAGACCGACAAGAUCAUUCCCAAGUACUUCAAGGUUGUCUACAAGGGUCUCGGCUUUCCUCCUUCCGUGCGCGACAAAGCUUUUGUCUUUGAGGGGGCAUCCCCCACUGAACGCACGGCUGGAUUCACCGAUCGAAUGCAAGAGAUGUAUCCCUCCGCUCAGAUCAUCACACCUUCUCAUGACCGUGACACUGGAGAAUACGAUGUCGAAGGCCAGUUCCUGAUCAUAUCAGCCAUUUCUCCUCACCGUGACCUCACACAUACCGUCUUCCAGCGCGCUCGUGUCCCACAGGUCAUCCGCGACUAUCUUAUCUCUUCCAGCCCCCAAACCUUCAGCGUCAGCACGAAGAGAGACACCAACGGGGAUGUGAGGGAUCAUUACGCUGAAAAGACACUGUACACCACCGCUGAGCCCUUCCCAACAAUACUCAAACGGAGCGAGAUUGUUGAAAUCAAGCAUGUGCGGUUGACGGCAAAGGAGACGGCACUGGAAAGGAUCGUGAGGAAAACGGGUGAGAUGACGGCUGUUGAGAAGAAGGUGGCAGAAGGGCAAGCACAAGGAGGAGAGGGCAGUGACGAGGCUACGGUGAUGUUGUUGGUCGAUGCGGUCAGCAUCAGUGUGAACCCGGAGAGCGAGGCGAGUGUGAGUAGGUACCGAGAGCUGAUCCCCGGAAUGGGGAGCACGACGCCAAUCACGAUAAAAUGCGGGAGUGACGAGGACGAGGAUGACGAGGACGGCCCGCCAGAGAUUGAUACCCAAGAAAAUGCCAUCAAGAUGGCGUUGGUGGAUCAUGCGAUUAUGAUCAAGAGGUGUUUGGCGACUUUUGCGAAGAGCCCCAGGGAGACAGUGAAGAAACAUGGGGUAGAUCUGCAGAAGUGUAAGUUUCCUUUUGCUACCAUCGUGCUGGACAAUGUUGUGCUAACCAAGACAGUCUUCGAACAAACAUUCGCGCCCGAAAUCGCGAUCUUCACGCCCCAACCCGCCCGCUCUCCCAAUCCUUCUCCCGGCAGCGACCGCAGCGGCGGUAUCACACCCUCCCCAACCUGGCCGCGAUCACCGGGGCCCUCAGCUUUCGGCUCCUCGACCGGACAACACAAACAUCACCAAUUUGCCACGGCUUUGGCAAACGGCCACGGCCUCGGCAUUUCCGGAAACCCUCUAGGCCAUGCUCACAGCGCAAGCGAAACAGCCGAUGUUCUAGGCGAAAUUGUGGUCAGCACCGGUAUUUCCCAACCCGUUUCCCUGAGACAAGGACGCGGUGCAAGGUUGAGUUUCUUGGGAGGCCGGAAAAAGGAGGGGAACUCCCCCACGGCCCACCAAUUGUCAUCGACCGGCUCCAUCCCACACCUCCUCAACGGCAGCGACCAUAACCUCGUCAGCAGGUCCAAAUCCCACGAGGACAUCAACGCUGGCUCGGCAUCAGCGACGAUGAUGAACACACCCACUACCAAUGGCGAUCGAAGCCCUUCUGUCCCGAGUAAUGUGAUUCACAGCAGGAAAGAGCAGCAGCAGCAGCAGCAGCCAAUUGAGAACACGAAAGAGGGCAACGGGUCAAUAGGGAAGGCGAACCGCCGCUCCUUCCUUCGCGGUUUCAGCUCUUCCGACAAGGUUCACCUCGUCAACGCCAUUAACGGCGUGGCUGAGAGCGUCGGUGGAAACACGGAUUGGCAGACGGAGUAUUCAUCCCCUUCUCUUUCUCAGCCUAACUUGCAGUCGCAAUCGCAAUCGCAAUCCGAUCACCUUGACCGAGAAAGGGAACGCGGGGCGGCGGCAGCGGCACUGAAUGGCAUGUCUGUCAACGGCUAUGGGAAGAAGGAGAAGAAGGAGAAGAAGAGCAAGAAGAAUAAGGAGGAGAAGGAGGACAAGGAGGAGAAGGAGGAGGACAAGGACUUGAAGGAGUUGAAGGACAAGUUCCACAACGGUAGUGCAAGUGUCAAGAAAAGGCUGAGCAUGCUCAAGUUGGGGAACAUGAAGAAGAGCGGGAAGGGAGAGGGAAAGAUGGGGGCGCUGGAUGAGGAAUAG